AUGUUCGAAAAGUCCACUACAACGACGACGGCACCGCAACACCCGGACCAAGAAGGCUCAUGGAUGCCUCAAGCCAUCCUUCGAUUCUACUCGACAUUCCCUCUGGUCGUCUUGCCCGCCGAGACCUCUCCCAUCGUCGAGAAGAUCACCGAGCCGACAUUAUGGGUGAAACCGACGUAUGACGAAGACGCAUACGGCUGGGCAUCCUCCGAUCCGAGUUGUCUCAGAGUUCAACUCUUAUUCCUCCUCCGGAAAGCCAAGGUCCAGUUCAAAGCGUGGGAUAAUGUCGAAGCUGCUCCGGAAGGAACCUUGCCGGCCUUACAACUCCCAUCAGGAGAACUACUAGCCGCAAGUGAGAUCCGAGCUUGGUUAGAGAGAGAACAUCCGCUUCCCGAGGACACGAGAGCGCUGAACGGGGUGCCCACGCAAGAAGCUCAUACCACAGCACUAGCUCAUUCUCAUUUGAUCUUGUCCAAGAUCUUCCCCGCUUACUCAACGCUUCAACCCCUACCGACGAACCUCCAACUUCCCUUUCCUCUCCCUACGACUCCCAUUCCCCUCUCGUCAACGAUUUACCACUCCCUGCCACUCUGGUUACGGGAUUCGGCUGGUGCAGAGAGCAGGCAGAACGAGGAGCUCGAGAUCAAAGAGAAGGAGGGCGUGGAGGGGGUCUUGGUGCUUGGGGGAUUGGUCAGGGAACAUGUCAGGGAUGGGAACGGAUGGUUCUUGGGUGCUAGCGAACCAUCACCACUAGACGCCCUCAUCGCAUCUCACAUCUACCCGCUAAUGACCCUUCCCGAGACGUUCAGGCUGAGGCAGACGGUUGAUACCGAGCUGGAACUCAAGGCAUACGUCCAGAGGGUGAUGGAGGUGGCAGGAAGGUGCGUACGAGGGCAUGUCCGAGGGAGCGAAUGA